AUGGUCUCCGUCAAGGUCCUCCUCGCUCUCCUCCCUCUGGCCCUUCAGGCGACGGCCCUCCCUUCUCCCCUCGAGGAGAACCACCUCGAGCGCCGUGUCUGCGUGCCUCCCAGCAACUGCUCCCCCAUUGGAAACUGCGAGUUCUGCUGCAGGACGGGCGUGACGCCCAACAGCUCUAACUGCCACUCGCACGACUUCCCGAUUUUGAUUACAUACUUCAAUCAGAAAAUUUCGCCCACUUUGUUCCUCUUCACUGUGCAUAGCCCGUAUUGCACGGCAAGGCGUAGUGCUCUCCAUUGGCUGCAGGGAACACUUGCUCAUGAGACCUGA